CAUGGCAGGAAGGCAUCAGAAUCGCAGUUUUCCUCUUCCAGGAGUUCAGUCGAGUGGUCAGACACAUGGAUAUGGAAGUAGUGCUGAUGGUGAUGUGUUGGAAGAGGAUGCUGAAGUAUAUGAACUUCGAUCCAGAGGGAAAGAAAAGGUCCGAAGAAGUAUAUCAAAAGAUAGACUUGAUGAUAUCGUAGUAUUAACAAAAGAUAUACAAGAAGGAGAUACUUUAAAUGCAAUAGCCCUUCAAUAUUGUUGUACGGUAGCAGAUAUCAAGAGAGUUAAUAAUCUCAUCAGUGAUCAAGACUUUUUUGCUCUUAGGUCUGUUAAAAUUCCAGUAAAAAAGUUUAGUUCAUUGACUGAAACACUUUAUCCUCCCAAAGGAAGACAGGCUUCACGUCCUUCAUCUGUUCAGUAUGCAUCAGAACAACAGGAAAUUGUACCAGCAAACGAUUCCCUCUCUUCCAGUGAGUCAGCUGGUAGCUUUUUAAAAGAAGUAGACCGAGAUAUAGAACAAAUAGUAAAAUGUACAGAUACCAAAAGAGAGAACCUUAAUGAAGUGGUAUCUGCCUUAACAGCUCAGCAAAUACGCUAUGAACUGGACAACAAAAACACCCAACGCAAGGAUCCUUAUUAUGGAGCAGACUGGGGUAUAGGAUGGUGGACAGCAGUAGUGAUAAUGUUGAUAGUAGGUAUAAUAACGCCAGUAUUUUAUUUGCUAUAUUAUGAAAUUUUAGCGAAAGUAGAUGUUAGUCACCAUUCAACAGUGGAUUCUUCACAUUUGCAUUCUGGAAUCACACCUCCAUCCCAUCAGAGAGAAAUGGACAAUGGAAUUGCCCCAACAAAAGGAAUACACUUUGGCCAACAAGAAGAACAUAAACUGUAUAGUCAAGAUUCUCAGGUGCCUGCUGUUGAACAUAAAACGUAG